AUGAAAGCCAGAGUUCGAAGCAGCGCUCUCAGAUCUCCCACGACAACGCCGUUAUUUUACACAUACCUAAAGCCGGGAGCCCUUGCUCAGCUCAGAUACUCGAAAAUCACCGCUAGAUCCAGAGAAAUCGGUGCUCAGACUCUUGUUGCUCUGUCUCAACUCAAUCCGAGUUCGGAUUCGGCAUUUCCACAGCCACGCUUGGCAGAUUUAGCCAUGAAUGGAGCUCCGUGUUUCAAUUUGAGAGUCACCAAGUACCCCCGGUGCCUCCAGCGCAAGAAGCUUAUUGCUGUGACGCCGUUUUUUUCUGAGACUCACUCAUGA